AUGUCACCAGGACACGAAAGAACCACCUCGGUACUAACGUUGAAUAAUCAACAGAUGAAUAUUGGAACCCAAGAGGAUCUUAUCCAGAGAUAUAUUCUAGCCUGUCAGAAUGGGGAUUUUGCAACAGUGAAGGACUUGCUUGACAAUAACCUUGUUACCGUCAACGAUCACUUGGAAGACAAUGUUUCGGGACUUCAUUGGGCUUCCAUCAACAAUAGACUAUCAAUAUGUCGAUAUCUAGUAUCGAAGAAUGCUGAUGUAAACUACCAAGGUGGUGAUUUGAACGCCACUCCACUACAUUGGGCUUGCCGCUAUGGUUUGGUGUAUAUUGUGGACUUUUUGAUCCAGAAUGGGGCUGAUGCGACCCUUUGUGAUGGCCAAGGAUUCAAUGCGCUACAUCUUUCGGUCCAUUCAUCAAAUAUCAUGCUUGUGGUCUAUAUUUUGAUGAUGGCAGAUAUCGAUAUUGAUAGCAUUGACCCCAACGAGCGUACCGCACUACACUGGGCGGCUUACCAAGGGGAUGCAUUAUCGGUGGAAGUAUUAUUAAAAUUUGGGGCCAAUGUGAACAGAAUUGACAAUACAGGAUUUACUCCCUUACACUGGGCAUUAAUAAAGGCCAACUCUCUUUGUUUGUCAAAUUUGGUGAAAAGCAAUGGCAAUGGAGGAGCGUGCAAUAUCUUUGCAACCACCAACGACGGGAAAACCGCCUUUGAUAUCGCCAUCGAUAUGGAUAGCUCUAAAAUAUUCCAAGAAGUGCUCAAAGAAUGUGGGAAGGAUUCAGAUGGAAAUGAUGUAAAAGUUCCGGAUUUGUUUCUUAAAAAUAAAAAAUUACCCAAAGUGAUAACGUUUCUAGUACCUUAUGUGGUGGUGGGGUUAUCUUUGGAAUUCUUUUCUGAUUAUUAUAGUUUGUGGCAGACUUUAUUAUUUGAUUCGGCAUUAUUCGUCAUGAGUCAUUUUUUUCUCUCCAAAUUGAUUCUUCCAAGUUAUAUUCAUGAUAAAAAAAGAUUUUUCAAAUCACCUUUGUUAGCUGGGAUAUUCUCAUCAGUCACAGUUUGGGUAAUCAUCAACUGGUUUGUAUACGUGUUGCCAAACACUCUAGACGACCAUGGGAUUGCUAACAUUUGUUUCUCGAUCCUAGCUAGCAGUGUGGUGUUUUGUUUUUACAAGUGCUUGUCUUUGAACCCCGGAACUAUCAAACCUUUGCCAAUAAAAAUGAAAUCUAAUAUUGACAACGGAGAAUCUUUUUCUGAUGAUGAUUCUACUCUAGUUGAUGCAGAUGAAAAAAUUAGGGGCGCAGUUAUCUCAGGAAUAAAAGAUUUGUUGAAAAAUGGGAAAUUUGAUUCUAAAAACUUUUGCAUACACACAUUUGUCAGAAGGCCUUUGAGAUCAAAGUACUCUGAAUUUUCUCAAGCGUUGGUAGCAAGAUUCGAUCAUUUUUGUCCUUGGAUUUAUAAUGACAUUGGUUUGAGAAACCACAAGAUCUUUAUUUUUUUUGUGAUGUCUUUGGAAGCUGCUAUCAUAUUGUUUGCAUAUUUAUCUAUAAACCAUUUCAAUCAUGUUUCGAACUUAGCAGUACACUAUGUUUAUUCAAACGACGAUCAUACCAUGAAAACUGUGAAAAGACCUCCGCAUACCCCGUUCCAGGUAUACAAUCCUGUCAGUGAUAACGAUUGUACGAUCUUGACCAGCAGUUGGUGCAAUGGGUAUUCUGACUCUUUGCCACUAUUUAUUCUCAAUGUCUUUUGUAUUUUCCAAGGCCUCUGGAUAUUAAUCUUGUUAUUGGUACAAUUUUUCCAAAUUUCCAAGAACUUAACUACUUUUGAAGCCGCUGCAUUGAAUAAACCACAAAACAACUACUAUUAUUCCCCAGUGCCGAUUGAAUUAUUGACGGAAUUAGAAAACCCAUCGAACAAUUAUUCCAAUGGCCAUAGCAGUAUCGACAACACUACUUUGGAAGGAAACAAAUCAGAAGAUUCCGGAUCCGAUGGGAAUAGUUCUGGUAACAAAAAUAAAUCAGAAGCUGGUCAUGAGCCACCAGAUAUCUUUAAGCUUGAGAACCAUAAGGGCUUUUUCAUGGCAUUACUUAAACUCAUUGGUAUCACUCAAUUUAUUUUCACAUUUAAAAAUAAGAAUCGUUUGAGAGCGUCGUCGUUUAAUUUUGGUUUCAAAGUGAAUUGUAUGGAAUUUUGGUGUUUGGGUAAUACUUCUAAAUCGAAAUAUAAUAUUCGAAAUUUUUUCAGAAUUCCUGCCCAAGAUAAUGGUGAAACAUAUAUUGGAGAUCAAAUAGUUGACUAUUAUAAGUUGUACGAUUAUCCAAUAAGAAGAAUGAGUUACAAAGAGUUAGUCUAG